GAGGGAGCGGGGCAGGAUAUCCGGGGGAGGGCUGAAGCCAGGGUGUACCAAGAUGGCGGCUCCCUACAGCGCUUGAUCCCCCGGAGGGUACAUUGUGCCCCGCUCUACCCCAGGGUGCAGGAUGUAUCAGCUCCCAGUGAAUCUGCCCCUGGAGCGGCCCGGGGGCUCGUUGGAGCGGCCCGGGGGCUCGCUGGUCCGGCUGAGGUUCACCGCGCUCGCCGUGGGCACCGUCUGCUGUCCUCUCUUCGGGUUCCUUUUCUGCGUCUUCUGGUCUUUGAUCUUCAACUUCAGGGAGACGACGGCCACUCACUGCGGGGUGCCCAACUACCUGCCCUCCAUCAGCGCCGCCAUCGGUGGGGAGACCCCCCAGAGGUACGUGUGGCGUUUCUUCAUCGGCAUCCACUCGGCCCCCCGGUUACUCGUGGCCUUCGCGUAUCUGGAGCAUUACCGAGGCCUCCAUCCCAACCGCCGCCUCCGCUGCAACGUCAACUUCCUCCUCAACGUGUCCGAGAUCCUCUGCCUCCUGCUCCUCACAUACGUGUCGUCCACCGAGGACAAGGGGAUCCACCAGAUCGCCUUCGUCUGCUUCAUGGCUUCCUCGUUGAGUUACAUGUGUCUGACCGUCAGCAUCUGCGGGAAAUCCAAGAGGUUAAGUGCAGAGGAGCGGAGGUCGUAUUACUGGAAGAGGCGGCUUUGGGUUUUUAAUCUGGCGACGUUCCUGCUCUCCCUGGCGGCUUUCUAUCGGCACAACGCGCGCUGCGAGCCAGGAGUGUACACGGUCUUCGCCUUCCUCGAGUACCUGGUCGUUCUCUCCAACAUGGCUUUCCACAUGACGGCCUGGUGGGACUUUGAGACAAAAGACCUGCUGGUGGCCUCCUCCUCUGAGAAGCGGAUCUGAGCCGCGGACUUCUCGCCUAAUAACGGGGGGAGCCGGAGGAUGGGCGGCCCCUCUGUCCGCGCGGCUCUGCGGUGCGAAUCAUGGCUCGCGGAAUACCGUCACGGUGGGUUCUACUGUCUGCCACGUGAAGAGGAUGUGGCCCCCGUGCGGGGCCCCUGGGCGCGGGUGCUGAUUACUAUUCAUGGACUUUUUCGGGUGCCUGCCUGGCUUUGGGAGGACGGCCGGCGGGUUUCUGUUUACAUUCCUGGACAGGCAGAGCGGGUGGAACGGAUCGGCGAGAGAUCACACAGUCUGGGGGUCUCACGGGCCGGGGGUCCACAGGGCAAGCGUCGCUUCCCAGCCAGAUUCUGUAUCUUUACAAAGAGCGUAAGACUCACCUUUUAAAUGUACUGGGGAGGAAUAAGUGUAAAUUCUGGGUAGAAAUCUCUUAAUCAGUACUUUUCUUCAUGAUGUAUCCAGAAAACAGAUUAUGUGCCCCCCCCCCAACGUGCCCAUAUAUCACUACAACUCCCACUAUUCUCGUACACCGACCGGAGCGGGGGCCGCCUCUCCCGAUGCCCCUCUCAUAAUACGGUAAUAAAUGUCAUUAUUUUUUAUAAAACA